UGCACUCACUGCCGGAAGUGACGUCAGCAGCUCACGCUCUGAGGGUCACGCCUUGUCCCCCACGAGGCCUGCACACACCGCCGGAAGUGACGUCAGCAGCUCACGCUCUGAGGGUCACGCCUUGUCCCCCAGAGGCCUGCACUCACUGCUGGAAGUGACGUCAGCAGCUCACGCUCUGUGGGGGUCAAGCCUUGUGGUGUUAAGGCGACGUGUAUUCACGUCACGCUGCAGUUGGGGAGCGGAGCGAAGCAGUUCAACAGAUUCAAGACAUGGGAAACUGCACCUGCUGUCUGGCCAAAGACAGGGCUGAGAGGAUGAAUGACAUCCAACACACGCACACCGUCAACUUCCAGAUCUGGGGGCCUGAGGAGAUGGUGGCCUUGGAUGCUAUGAUGCAGGCGCAGAGACGUCAUGGCUUGAUGCACGGAGGGUUGGGGCAGCAGAGAAGCCGCGCCUGGCCUGCAGAGAGAGGUCCUCUGUCAGUACGCAAGGUCCUUGAGGCCUCAGCACGGAGCUUCAGCUCCCUGUCCCAUACCAUCAUGUCUGUAUCUGAAGAGCCUUACCAACCUGAGGAAGACCCUGAGGACCAAAGCAUCAUGGAGGAGGCUUCUGCUGCUGGAACGCUGGAUCCUUCUCUGGGUCCUGAGGGACACUUCUCAGUCCCUUCCACCAGGGCCACCAGCCCCUCUAGUGAAGCCUGUGGGGCCUCUACCCACAAAGAGGGAGAGGGUACAUCUCCUUCAGGGAGCGAGUCAGAUACUGACUCUUCAGCUAAAGAUGUUCUAGAUGCGAAGCUGGCUGUGCUGAUACAGUUCCUGGCCCUUAAGUAUCUAAGGAAGGAGCCAGCCACCAUGGAAGAAAUGCUGGGGAUUGUCAGCAGAGAUUACGAGGAGAGCUUCCCUGUGCUCUUUAAGGAAGCCACGCAGUGCAUGCAGCUGGUCUUUGGCAUUGAUACAAAAGUGCAGCCUUGCGGCUCCUAUGUCCUUGUCCCUGUUCUGGGCCUCACCUAUGAUGGGAUGGUGACUAAUGACCAGGGCUACCCCAGGACCAUCUUCCUGAUCAUUGUCCUGGGUAUCAUCUACAUUCAGGGCAACCAUGCCAGGGAGGAGGCAAUCUGGGAGGUGAUGAGUGAGAUAGGGGUGUUUCCUGAGAAGGAGCAUGUCAUCUAUGGGGAGCCCCGGAAAUUCCUCACCGAAGAUUUGGUGCGGGAACAGUACAUAAUUUGUCAGGAGGUGCCCAAUAGCAGUCCUCCUCAACUUGAGUUUAUUUGGGGUCCAAGGGCCCUUGCUGAAACCAGCAAGAAGGAUGUCCUAGAAUUUUUGGGCCAACUCAAAACUACCACCUUCAGGACCUUUCCUCUGGAUGAGGAGGCAAGUUCCGAAAAUGCAGAGUAGAGAGACCCAAGGUCACUGGAGUGAUGUCCAGUGGCAGGGAUGGGGCAUAUUCCAGGGCCACAGUUUUGUAGUUCAUGGGAAGAUUCUAAACUAUAUUUGAAAAGAGUGAUAACUUCUAAGUGGUGCAGAUGUAGAUCAGGGACCAGAUAAAUUCAGUGUAUUAGCAUGUCUCUUCUAUGUGGGUGAAAAUUUCUUUUUUAAAAUUUUUCACAUGUUCUUAAAAGAUGGAAUUAACUUCAAGUUUUUAAGUUUUUAAAAGCAUUGGUCUACUUUGUAUUCUUUGAUACUGUGAUUUGAGCAACUAUUUCCAAGAUGAUAUUAUGUAAUCUAUUAACAGGUGAUUUCUUACUGUUAUGUUUUUUUUUUUUGUAGUUAUGUAUUAUGUGUAACCUUACACUGCUUUGUUUUGUUUUGUGUUUUUCUCUUUUUCCUCUUAAAUUAAAAAA